AUGGCGGCGGCCGGCGCGGCCGAGGUGGCGCAGGCCCUGAGCCGGCCCCUGAGCUGCUUGCAGGAUCCCGGCGGCGGGCGGGCGGCGCGGCUGCGGGCGCUGGAGACCAUCCGGGCCGAGGUGCAGGAGCGGCCGCUCUCGGGCGCCGCGGUGCAGGAGGUUUUCGGGGGGCAGCUGGUGCGGCCGCUGGCGCGCUGCCUGGCGGGGGACGCGGCGGAGCGGUGCCGGGAGCUCGCCCUCCAGCUCCUCCGCCACGGGCUCAGCCACGGCGACCGGCCCGGCGAGGCGCUGCCCGUCCUCCUGCCGGCGCUGGCCCAGCGCCUCUGCCCGCCGCAGGGCGCCGAACCCAGCGAGGAGCUGCGGCUCGGCCUGGUCCAGCUCCUGAGCCUGCUGCUGCAGCGCUGCGGGGCCGCCAUGGUCCCCUACCUCACCGAGGUUAUCCGCAUCCUCCAGGCCACCCUCCUCGACCAGUAUGCCGAGGUCCGGCGAGAGAGUUGCAGGUGCGCCGUGGCCUGCGCCCAGGCCAUGCCAGAGCACUUCCAUAUGCAGUCAGAAUCUCUGAUAAAACCCUUAAUGCAAACAAUUUCACACCAGCACUACAGAGUUCGUGUUGAUGUAAUUCAGGCUACUGGAGCAGUGAUACAGUUUGGAAAUGGAAAGUCUGUGGAUGAUGUUCUGUCUCAUCUGGCCCAGAGAUUAUUUGAUGAGAUUCCCAAGGUCCGGCACGCUGUUACAGCUGUCAUUGGAGAAUGGCUGUUACACCUACGAGACAGAUAUUCGUAUUUUCACAAGUUGAUCCCUUUGUUACUCGGCAGUUUUACUGAUGAAAUUCCUGAAAAUACGAAACUGGCUUGGACUUACUGGGAGAAGAUAGGCCUGCAGUGGGAGAAAGAGAAUGAGGAAGAUCUGAAGGAUAAGAUGGAUUUUGGCAUUUCACCAUCUCAUUAUCCCCAAGGAGUAACUCGACCAGGACUUGGUUGUCGGGAACUCGUGUCAAGAAAUCUCUCCAAGAUUCUGCCAGGUCUCUGUCACGAUAUAACGGACUGGGUUGAAAGCACAAGAGUGAAAGCAUCACAGCUCCUGUACACGUUACUGCUCCACGCGGAGGAUCACGUCACACAGCACAUGGAGCUGCUGCUUAGAACUCUGUACCAAGCCUGUCUGGAUGAAGAAAGUGACGUGGUUAAAAAUUGUGUGAGAGCAGCAGAGUUGAUUGGAACGUUUGUCAGCCCCAAGGUGUGGCUGAGAUUAAUCACAUCGGCCUGUGGGACAACACCAAAGCCAUCCUCUGUGAUGGUCCUGAGUGCAGUGAUUCGGGGCAGCCCACGGGAGAUCUUACAGCCUCAUUUGACCCAUCUUGGCAACACACUGUCACAAGCUGAAGUUUGUCACGGCUCAGGAGAGGUCUUUUAUAUGGAGCAGUUGCUUUGUUGUGUACAAGCACUGAUUGCAGUGUGCCAGGAAGACUGCAAAGAAAUUAGCUUGCAGCUCCUGAAAGUUCUGGUGACCAUAAUGGCAACGCCGUCCUCCCAGCACCUUAAAGAAAAGGUGGAGGAAACAAUGGCUUCAUUAGCUGAAGUGCAGCACUUGGACAGUUUUCUGUGUCUCUACAAACAGCAUAUAAUCCAGCUUCUGGACUGGGUUUCGGUGUCACCUGACAGUUGGACCUGCUAUUCUCCAGAAAUACUGCAGUUUGAUGUCAUCGCAACUCAUUCAGGUCCUGUCAUAGGUGAAGCCCUGAACAACUUUAUUCUCAUCCUUAAGAUGUGUCUUCAGCCACACAAAGAUCCCCAGAUGCGGUUAAAGCUCUUCACUCUUCUCUCGCAGUUGCUGCAGAAAGGGAACGAGAGCGUCAAUUCUCAGGGGCUGUUCCCUGACCACCUGGAGACCGUGCUGAGGGACAUCCUGGCUCCCAACCUGCAGUGGCACGCGGGGAGGACAGCAGCCGCCAUCCGCACCGCCGCCGUCUCCUGCCUCUGGGCGCUCUGCCACCGGGACAUCCUGCCCCCAGGAGAGGUAAACUCUGCUGCUCUCGUCAAACACACUGGGGAGUCUCGGGCAGGGACACAAAAUAAAUGCAGGAGAGAGCUCGUGAAGCGUCUGGACGAUGCCUCGUGUGACGUGCGACUGGCAGCUGCUGGCGCCUUGGCCGCCUGGUUCCAGUGCCUGAGGGACAGUCCCCUCAGACCCUCCAUGGAGACCCAGGUGGAGUAUCUCUACCAAGAGCUGCUCAUCCACCUCGACGACCCGGAUGAGGACACCCAAAAGGCAGUCCUAGAAGUUUUAAAAGAAGGAAGCGUGUUGUACCCGGAGGUGCUGGUGCGGGCAGUCGAAGGGGCCGCGCUCAAGCACCGCACCCCGGCCUAUUGCCACCAGCUGCUGCGCCACGUCCGGGCGGGACAGGAGCCGGCUCCAUGACCCUGGAAUUCUCCUCAGGGAACUGGGCAGGGAAGGGGUCUCACCUGGAUUCCUGCCCCGUUGGCACUGGCCUAAGAAUGGCUGAGCAAUAAAUACCUAGGUUUUUCUUUGUAAGUUCACUAUUAGCUCAUUUCAAAGUCAGAUUGGCACAAUUCUGUGUUCUGUGCCAUUUGGACAGUUCUUUGUCUUUGCCAGCAAUAAAACAAUGUUUUAAUUCA